AUGGUCAGUGGCAACAAAGAUCCAAGCGACCCUAAGAAAAUACCGCCGCAGAAUCGUGAAAAGAAGACCAACAAUUACAAACGGGCAAAUAUUGUGUCCCGAGCAUGGUUCAUCUGGAUGAUGCCAACGUUUUGGCGCGGCUACAAAAGAGACCUCUACGAUUCCGAUCUCACGAAACCCAAAGAUAGUCAUUUAUCGGAUAAACUCGGCGAUCGUUUGGAAAAGACAUGGUUGGAAGAAAUAGCUUUAGCAAACAAGCAGUGCCGGAAACCAUCGCUUCUCCGCGCGAUGACUAAGACGUUCUGGUUAAGUUACGCACCUUCCGGCAUCAUGUUUUUCAUCCAAGCAGUCAUUCUCAAGCCCUUCCAACCAGUCGCGCUGAGCAUGUUGUUGUCAUACUGGGAGCCGGGUUCAAACAUGUCUCGCGAGCAGGCGAUUUAUUGCGCAGCGGGCGUUAUUCUGAUGUCAUUACUUAUAGCUUUUCUCAAUCACCACGGUACUUACUCUACCCAGCAGUUUGGCAUGAAAGUCCGUAUCGCUGCAUGUUCACUUAUUUAUAGAAAGGUGAUGCGUAUGAGCUCCGGUGCCCUGGCGCAGACAACGGCUGGUCAAGUUGUAAACCUUCUGUCGAACGACGUCAACCGCUUUGACUAUGCAUUUAUCUACACACAUUUCAUCUGGAUCUUGCCAAUACAAGUCAUCGUGGUGUGCUAUCUUAUCUACGUGAAGAUUGGUUAUGCUGCCGUCAUUGGCGUUGUUGGCAUAGUAUUGCAAACUUUGCCCGUGCAAUCUUACAUGAGCAAACUGGCAGCGCAUUUGAGAAUGAAGACUGCAAUUAGAACAGACGAGCGUGUGCGCAUUAUGGAUGAAAUAAUUAAUGGGAUGCAGGUCAUUAAAAUGUAUGCAUGGGAGAAACCAUUCGAAAAAGUAGUGGCCUUAGCUCGAAAAAACGAGAUCAAGUGCAUUACAUCUGCAUCGUAUCUUCGUGGAGUCUACCUCAGCUUUAUGGUGUUCACGGAACGUCUAACGCUUUACACUACAUUACUGUCUUACUCUUUACUCGGCUAUCAAGUUACUGCUGAUAUUGUAUUUCCACUGGCGCAAUUUUACAAUACACUUCAAGGAACUCUCUCAUUUAUUAUGUCAAAUGCCGUGUCAUUUUUGGCGGAAGCGCUAAUAUCAGUGCAACGCCUCGAAGCUUUAUUGUUAUUUGAAUUUACUUCAAAGAUAACUACGGCUUUAGCUUUCGAGGAUUUUGGCAUUGUUCUUCAGGGACCAGAAUAUCGACAUAAUUUAAAAAAUACUGCGUUCCCGAUGGCACAAAUGUUCAACCUUCUUCAAGCAACUUUAGCCAUCCACUUGCCGACCACACUUUCACAGUCAAUGGAAGCUUAUACAUCUAUUAUUCGUAUACAGACUCUUUUACUAUUGGAUGAACGUGAAGAUCUUCGAAGCGUUCCAGACGUAGAUAUUAUUAAACUGUUACAACGAGUCGAGAACAAGAAAAAUAAAAAUUUGAGUGAAAUAGAUCUUUGCCCCGAUAGAUUUAAUAAGAUCGAUGAAGAAGGCAUUUAUAAUCCAGGUUUCGAAUGCACCGAGAAAGGAUUAAUGAGUCAAGCGCUAGCCACAUUACCUGCGAGCCCAGACGUGGGUAUUCUUCUACAAAAUGUUAGUGCCAGUUGGACCGAGGGAGGACCAGUGACUUUACGUAAUAUAAACCUAACCAUACCUAAAGGAAAGCUUUGCGCCAUUAUAGGAUCUGUUGGCUCUGGAAAGAGCUCCAUACUUCACCUCCUUCUAAAUGAGCUACGUUGUACAAGGGGCCGUAUUUAUUUAUCAGGACCUUUAUCAUAUGCAUGCCAAGAACCGUGGCUAUUUGUGGCCACGGUACGCCAAAACAUUCUGUUUGGCUUGCCAUAUAAUCCUAAAAAAUAUAAAGAGGUUGUUAAAGUUUGUGCUUUACAAAAAGAUUUCCAGCAAUUUCCACAUGGUGACCAGACAUUGGUUGGUGAAAGAGGCACUUCCCUUUCGGGUGGGCAAAGAGCACGAAUUAAUCUUGCUAGAGCGGUCUACAGACAGGCCGAUAUAUAUCUGUUGGAUGAUCCACUGUCUGCAGUGGACGCACACGUGGGCAAGCAGCUAUUCAACGAGUGCAUUAGCGGUUACCUUCGACACACAACACGAAUACUCGUAACCCACCAACUGCACUACCUCAGAGCUGCCGACUACAUUGUCAUCGUCAAUAACGGUUCUGUAGAAGCUCAAGGGAAGUACGACGAGCUGAUUACUUCAGGAAAGGAUUUCGCUAAGCUAUUGUUUUCAACUCAUGAUGAAAACGAUACUAGUGUUAAUGACAAACCUACUACUUUGGUUCGUCGCACGUCUGCCAGACUUUCAACAACCCGUCGCCCAUCAAUAGCGGAAUCAAUUGGUUUCGAGAGUCCUGCUCAGGAAAUGGAAGAAGAGCGUGAGUCCGGCUCCAUGGGAUGGCAUGUCUACGGGGCUUUCUUAAGCGCCGGUGGAAAGACUCCCAGACUAAUAUUUAUGAUCCUACUUCUGAUUAUUGGGCAGUUGUCCGCAACAUUAUGCGAUUACUGGGUCACAUUCUGGACAAAUGAAGUUACCCGGCUUAAAGAAAGGGAAUCCAACAGUACUAUGAAAGACUAUGACCGACUACCAGCGGCGACAAAUAGCACUUUCAGUAUUUUGGGCUAUUUCACUGGAAUCGAAACACAAGCAGAUUUGAAUAUUCACGCAUACAUUGGACCACUAAACACGUCUCAGUACCUAUAUGUGUACUCAGCCUUAAUCCUUUGCUGUAUUUUCUUUAUUACGGCGCGUGCUUUCGUGUUCUUCAAGGUUUGCAUGUCAGCAUCUCGCAAUCUUCACAACGAUAUUUUCCACUCCAUGCUCCGUGGUGUCAUGCGUUUCUUUGAUACCAACUCUUCAGGACGGAUAUUAAAUCGUUUUUCAAAGGAUAUGGGUGCAUUAGAUGAACUAUUGCCGCGUUUCUUACUAGAAUGUAUUCAAAUCUAUCUGGUGAUGUUUAGUAUCUUAGCUCUUAACGCAGCUGCUUUAGUUUGGACGCUUCUACCAACAACUAUUAUCUUACUUUUGUUCUACACAAUCCUACAAAUUUAUUUAAAAUCUGCUCAAUCAAUUAAACGAUUGGAAGGAACAACGCGAAGUCCAGUAUUUUCUCAUCUGUCUGCAACACUAAACGGUAUUAGCACUAUUCGGUCUGCUGGAGCACAGCAAAGAUUAAUUCAAGAAUUUGAUCGCUUCCAGGAUAUUCACACAUCAACAUGGAGCAGUUACUUAGCUAGUGGGGUCACACUCGGAUUUUGGCUUGACUUCAUUUGCGUAUUGUACCUGACUAUUGUUAUUGUGGCGUUCCUCGUUAUUGAUAGUAAAACCGUUUUCUCUGGAAACGUGGGACUGGCCAUUUCACAAACACUCAUUCUGACUGGAAUGCUUCAAUUCGGUGUACGUCAGACCGCCGAGGUCAUUUCACAAAUGACCAGUGUUGAGCGAAUUCUGCAAUACACGAACAUUGAACGGGAACCACAAUGGGAAAAAGGAGCGAUAGAAACUCCAAAGGAUUGGCCGUGGCAAGGGCGCAUCGAAUUUCGUAAUUGUUACAUGAAAUACACACCCGAGGACUUGCCUGUUCUCAAAAACCUUAACGUAGUUAUUGAAAGCGGCUGGAAGGUGGGCAUAGUGGGACGGACAGGCGCUGGCAAAUCAUCUCUAAUAUCAUCCUUAUUCCGGCUUGCAAUUGUUGAAGGUGAAGUCCUUAUAGACGGCGUUGACACAUCUCAACUCUCGUUACAGGAAUUACGGUCAAAAAUAUCUAUAAUACCACAAGAACCAGUGCUUUUCUCAGCAACAGUACGAUAUAAUUUGGAUCCGUUUAACAAUUAUGAGGACGAACAAUUGUGGAAAGCCCUAGAAGGCGUCGAUUUGAAAGCAGCCAUCCCAGCGCUAGAUUUCAAAGUAUCUGAAGGUGGAUCUAAUUUCUCCUUAGGACAACGGCAGUUAAUGUGCCUUGCACGUGCCAUUUUGCGUGGAAAUCGUAUUCUCGUGCUUGACGAGGCCACUGCAAACGUAGAUCCCAAAACGGAUGAAUUUAUUCAAAAGACUAUUAGGAGAAAAUUCGCCGACUGCACGGUGUUGACCGUUGCGCAUCGUCUAAAUACAAUAAUGGAUUCAGACAGGGUUAUGGUAAUGGAUUCCGGACGAUUAGUAGAAUUUGAUCACCCAUACCAUUUACUUAAAAAUCCCGAGGGAUACUUUACAAAGAUGGUGAAAGAAACGAACGAUAAAGUAUCUGCACAGCUUUUCGAAAUUGCAAAGAAAACUUUCUUGGACAGUGGUGGAAUAAUAGAAUAA